UCUUAAUUCAUAACUUUCACACAAAGUCCGUUUGAUGUGCUAAUUAUAGCGAUAAGGAAAGUACGGUGAUCCAGCAAAUAGUGUAUUAGAAUUUUCACCCUCAGAGUCCGAGAUGUUUGCCGAGAUGUGCGAGAGGCUUCCAAGUUCGGCUUGCCGGGCAUGGAGCCUCACCGCAGGCACCUCUAGGGGUGGGCUUUGGACUUGAGGCAUAAUCGUAUAUAUAUCUAUUCUCCAGUUCCUUGCAUUCUACGUCUUGUCUGUUUUGGUAUAGAUUCGUACAUCUACUUGCUAUUAUUCGCUACCACCAUGCCUGACUCAGGUAGAGCCAGCGACGGAGAGGAACCGAAAGUGGCUCAGCCCCAACAAGACCUCGACCUAACUAUGGCUGAAAAGGGAGCUGGGCAUGCUUCAUUUUCAUCUGGUGACUCUUCCUCCGAAGAAGACGAUGAUACGCGGGUAGCUACGCUGGCCAGGAGCCUUACUCGAGAAACUACUCACUUCCAAGGGGUCAAUCCUUUUCUAGAUAAACGACCGGAACUCGAUCCAAACUCUCCUCAGUUCGACGCAAGGAAGUGGGCGAAAACCCUCUUGCACGCCUUCGCUCAGGAACCUGACAAGUAUCCUCGCCCUCCGGUUGGCGUGUCCUGGCGUAAUCUAUGCGUACACGGGUUUGGAAAAGAUACCGAUUAUCAGAAGGACAUCCUUAAUGUCCUUUGGCAAGCACCCCUUAUUGCUAGAGAAUGGGUUUCACGCAGGCAACAGAAGAUCCAAAUCCUGAAUGACUUCGAUGGAUUAGUCAAGAAUGGUGAAAUGGUCUUGGUGCUUGGUCGUCCGGGAAGCGGUGUCUCAACCUUACUGAAGACCAUCGCUGGCCAUACUCAUGGUCUCUGCCUUGAUCAGCAAUCUCAUAUCAACUACCAAGGCGUACCAUUUGACGUUAUGCACAGUCGUUUCCGUGGAGAAGUCAUCUACCAAGCCGAGACUGACAUACACUUCCCCCAAUUGACGGUUGGCCAAACGCUGCAGUUUGCUGCACUGGCUCGCGCGCCCGAGAACCGUCUACCAGGCGUCAGUCGCGAGACAUAUGCACAGCACUUAAGGGAUGUGGUAAUGGCUAUCUUCGGUAUAUCACACACUAUCAACACGAAAUUGGGUAAUGAUUUCAUCCGAGGAGUGAGUGGUGGUGAGAGAAAGAGGGUUAGUAUUGCCGAAGUCACUCUGAACCAGAGUGCUAUCCAAUGCUGGGAUAACUCUACUCGUGGACUAGAUUCCGCGAGUGCGCUCGAAUUCGCGAAAACUCUCAAAUUGUCAACCGAGCUAGGAGAGAGCGCAGCUAUUGUUGCGAUGUAUCAAGCUUCACAACCUGCCUACGAUGUUUUCGAUAAGGUAGCCGUGCUGUAUGAAGGAAGGCAGAUCUACUUCGGCCACAAGGAUGAUGCUAAGAAGUACUUCACCGAUCUUGGAUAUCAUUGUCCCGACCGCCAAACUACAGCCGAUUUCCUUACAUCUCUCACAAACCCGUCAGAGAGGGUGGUUCAACCUGGUUUCGAAGAUAAGGUCCCGCGGACCCCUGACGAGUUUGCGCAAGUAUGGAAGUCUAGCGAGUCACGAGCAAACCUCCUUAGGGAGAUCGAAGCUUUCGAACAAGAAUUCCCUGCAAAGGGUCAGCAUUAUGAAUUACUGAAGAAAUCUAGAAAGGCGCAGCAGGCAGCAUUCCAGAGGAACAAGAGCCCUUACACCAUCUCUAUCCCGAUGCAAAUCCGACUCUGUAUGACUCGAGGAUUUCAGCGCAUGAUGGGAGAUAAAAUAUUCGUCGUUGUCACCAUCCUAGCUAAUGUGGUGAUAUCUCUGGUCCUCGGCAGCAUUUAUUAUAAGCUUGAACCCGUCGCGGAGAGCAUGAAUAGUAGAUGUAUCCUACUCUACUUCGCUAUCGUCUUCAACGCCUUGAGCAGCGCUUUGGAGAUAUUCUCCCUUUACGCACAACGGCCCAUUGUGGAAAAGCAAUCUCGCUACGCACUGUAUCACCCCUUCGCCGAAGCAGUUUCUUCAACUAUCUGUGAUAUGCCGGUUAAAAUCAUCUCUGUCCUCUGCUUCAAUAUUCCGUUAUAUUUCAUGGCUCAAUUGAGGCAAGAAGCCGGCGCAUUCUUCAUCUUCUUGCUCUUCGGGUUUACGGCUACGUUCACCAUGUCCAUGAUUCUCCGGACUAUCGCGCAGACUUCUCGAACUAUACAGCAAGCGAUCACUCCCGCAGCUAUCUUCAUACUGGCUUUGGUUAUCUAUACUGGAUUUGUUCUUCCCACACGAUACAUGCAGGGUUGGCUUCGUUGGAUCAACUAUCUAGAUCCGAUCUCCUAUGCAUACGAAAGUCUUGUCGCAAAUGAAUUCUCCAACCGCCAAUUCCCCUGUACCAUGUUUGUGCCAAUGGGAGGCCCAUACGCGAAUGCCACGCCGCUUGAAAAGACGUGUUCGGUCGCAGGUGCCUUGCCUGGCGAGGACUUCGUCAGCGGUGAUGUAUUUAUCAACGGCAACUUCGGAUUUUACCAUUCCCACAUUUGGAGAAAUUUCGGAAUCCUUAUUGGGUACAUCAUCUUCUUCACGGCGGUCUACAUGCUUGCGGCGGAAUACCUCUCACUUGAAGUUUCCAAGGGCGAAGUCCUAAUCUUCCGUCGAAACCAUAAAUCUUCGGAUAGCCCGAAAAUACAGAAUGACGAAGAAUCCGGACCUGUUAGCGUCCAAGCCAGCAAGAGGCAGAGAGAAAGUGAUGUUUCGGGUACUCUUGCUGCCCGAAUCCAAACCCAAAAUGCGAUCUUCCAUUGGUCCGAUGUCUGCUACGAUAUUACUAUAAAGGGGCAACAUAGACGUAUCUUGGACCACGUUGAUGGAUGGAUUAAGCCCGGAACGUUGACGGCACUCAUGGGCGCAUCCGGGGCUGGAAAGACAACUCUUCUUGAUGUAUUGGCCAACCGUGUGACCAUGGGCGUUGUUAGUGGCGAUAUCAUGGUUAAUGGGAUACCCCGCGGGAACUCUUUCCAGAGGCAAACCGGUUAUGUUCAGCAACAAGAUAUCCAUCUUGAAACGGCUACUAUUAGAGAAGCCUUACGGUUCAGCGCAGCACUUCGACAACCCUUCAGCGUCCCGACAGAAGAAAAGUACGCUUACGUUGAGGAAGUCAUUAAGCUCUUGGAUAUGGAAGCUUAUGCGGACGCAGUCAUUGGAGUCCCUGGAGAAGGUUUGAAUGUCGAGCAACGCAAGCGUCUGACUAUUGGAGUCGAGCUUGCUGCGAAGCCAGAACUGCUGGUUUUCUUUGACGAACCCACAUCUGGAUUGGACAGCCAGACCGCAUGGUCAAUCUGUUGUCUUCUGAGAAAGCUGUCAGAUAACGGCCAGGCGAUCUUAUGUACCAUCCAUCAACCCUCGGCCAUGCUAUUCCAACAGUUCGAUCGCAUGCUGCUGCUAAGCUUCGGAGGCAAGACGGUAUACUUCGGAGACAUAGGACCCAACGCCGAAACACUGACCAGUUACUUUGAACGAAAUGGGGGUAGCCUCUGCGGAAGAAGCGAGAAUCCUGCUGAAUGGAUGUUACGAGUUAUCGGAGCCGCACCCGGAGCUCACGCGACCCGAGACUGGCACCAAGUUUGGCGUAACAGCGAGGAGUACAAGGCCGUGCAAAAGGAACUUAGAACCUUGGAGUUGGGUACACCGAGCACUGAAGGUGUGAGUCGGGAUGCCGAGACUGCCAGCGCAUACUACGCAACCCCCUUCUACUACCAGUUUCUCCUAUGUACCAGGAGAGUGUUCGAGCAAUACUGGCGCAGCCCCUCAUACAUUUAUCCUAAAAUGAUCCUCUGCGGUGGCACGUCUCUAUUUAUCGGAGUGUCCUUCUACAAAACCCAACUAUCUCUAGCCGGUCUGCAAAACCAGAUGUUCGCUAUCUUCAUGCUGCUUGUAAUCUUUGCCUUCCUCGUCUAUCAGACGAUGCCUCAGUUCCUCCUUCAGCGGCAACAAUACGAAGGGCGUGAACGAUCAUCUAGGAUUUACUCGUGGUAUACUUUCCUCCUCUCUAACAUGGUAGUCGAGCUCCCAUGGAGCACAAUCGCUUCGCUUCUAGUCUUUAUUCCGUUUUAUUACCUUGUCGGCAUGAACGAAAACGCGGUCCAGACGAAUGCUGUGGCUGAGCGGGGCGGGCUCAUGUUCCUAAUCACAUGGUCGUUCUUGAUUUUCGAGUCCACAUUCGCGGACAUGGUCAUUGCUGGUGUCGAGACUGCGGAAGUUGGCGCUGUCCUCGCAUUGCUUCUAUUUGCCAUGUCGUUGAUAUUCUCUGGUGUCAUGGUACCAAAGAGUUCCCUUCCUGGAUUUUGGAUCUUCAUGUACCGCGUCUCGCCGCUGACGUACAUUAUCAGCGCCAUGUUGUCUGUCGGCGUCGCGAAUCACGACGUCAAGUGCGAUGACAUUGAGCUCUUGAGUUUCCAGCCCCCGCCGGGACAGACAUGUGGUGACUACAUGGCUCCGUACAACUCAGUCGCGUUCGGGGCCGUUUAUAACCCAGACGCCACUUCGAACUGCCAAUUCUGCUCUUUGUCGAAUACGAAUAUUUUCCUUGCGACCGUAGAUUCGUAUUAUGGAGAUAGAUGGCGCAACCUCGGCUUGAUCUGGGCCUAUAUCGUUUUCAAUAUCGGCGCUGCUCUAUUGAUUUACUGGGCUGCUCGAGUCCCCAAGAAAUCCAAAUGGGGUAUUUUCGAGAAAGCUAAGCAGCUAAUUCCAAAGAAGUCUUAAUUGAUAGGUAAUUAUGAGAAUGUCUGGGCAUUGAUCAUUUAUUGGCGCGCGAUUGCGCUUUGACGGACUCCCGUGUUUUCUCAGUUGUUUAUUUUCUCAAUAAGCUAGAAUAUACAGGGUUUAGAAUAUGGGUUAUUUAGGUAUAUAAUAGAGUAUUGGUAGGUUAGGCCAAUUAAAUCACUUUGAUGUUCUCCGAAGACCUCCUAUUCUUCGACUAAGAAGUUCAUAAUGCGUUCUAAAACGAUUGAUAACAAUAGAAACUUUGUACUUAUCUCCAUCUACACUUCGCCCCCGUACCGCGUGAAUAGGGGCAAAUUCGGCAUCAGCCAGACCCCUUUCCAUCACUAGUGCUA